UAGCUUUGUAGCGUGGAUUUCAGUUCGCAAAAUGUCGAGUCGUUACUCAAGACCGCCAAACAGUUCACUUUACGUGAGAAAUUUACACCAUGAUACGAGACCCGAAGACCUUCGACGUAUGUUCGGGAAGUAUGGACGCAUUACCGACGUGUACAUUCCCCUAGAUUACUACACGAGGGAGUCUCGAGGCUUUGCCUACGUACAAUUUGAAGAUAUCCGUGAUGCAGAAGAUGCCCAUUACUACUUGGACAGGGUUGUUUUGCUUGGAAGAGAACUGGAAGUUCAGUUUGCAGAAGGAGACAGAAAGACCCCACAACAGAUGCGCGGCAAAGAAAAAAGGGAAGCCUAUGGUGGUGGUGGUGGUGGUUACAGCAGCAGGAGAGAUUAUCAGGAUGAUUCUUAUAGUCGUCGCUCCCGCAGUCGCAGUCCAAGACGUCGUCGCCGUCGAUCUCACUCCCGUUCUAAAUCACGUUCUCCCAAACGCCGUGAACGCAGCAGCCGUAGCGAAAGAAGCCGAGACAGUCACCGUGACAGCAAAAGAGAGAAAGAACGAGAGCGAUCACGAUCUCGCUCGAGAUCACGCUCGCCAUCUCCCGCACGAUCAGCAGCUUCACGGUCACGCUCAGGCUCUCCAGCAGCAGAGUUCAGCGAUAAAGAAGAAGAACAGGGUGGACAAAGCCGCUCACCAAGUCCAAACUAAGUUGUUCUCACUAUGUGCUCGAUUUAAAAGACUUGAGAUAGAAAAGGAAUUAUAUUCCAAGAAUUGUUGCAACACUUCCAAGUUCAAUAAUGCGUUUUUUUAGAUUUAGUUUGGCCUCUAGCUCUGUUCACCUCUCUUAGCACAAGCCCAAGGCAGUGUUCCUGCACAGAAAGUAGGAGGAAGUUGAAGAACUCUUAAAUUGAUAUUUGUGUUUAGUUUUGAUCAUGCAACAAGUAGUGUUGUUCCAAAUCGCAGCUAUUCUCAGGCUCGAAGAUUUUUUCUGUGGCGGAGUAUUUUCAAUAAACGACGGCAUAUAAUGAUUUUUCCAUUUUAGGGCGCUAUGUACACAUCAAAAAUGCACGUGCAAUCGAAAUAUAGCUUUAUAUCUUAACACUGUAAACUUUUAUCGUAGCGUUGAGAAUUAAAUCUUGCGUUGUUUUA